CCAAGCUGCGAGGCUGCGCAUGCGCCGGAGCCCAGUCGGCCCCCGCGGGCGUAGUGCGUCCGUGAGGCCGGAGGUCGGUGUUUGUCAGCGGCCGCGAUGACCCAGGCGGAGAAGGGGGAUGCGGAGAACGGGAAGGAGAAGGGCGGGGAGAAGGAGAAGGAGCAGCGCGGCGUGAAACGACCCAUCGUGCCCGCGCUGGUGCCAGAGUCGCUGCAGGAGCAAAUCCAGAGCAACUUCAUCGUUGUCAUACACCCAGGUUCAACAACCUUAAGGAUUGGGCGGGCCACAGACACACUUCCUGCUAGCAUUCCUCACGUAAUUGCACGAAGACACAAGCAACAAGGGCAGCCACUAUACAAGGACAGCUGGCUCCUAAGGGAAGGACUAAAUAAACCAGAAAGUAAUGAACAAAGACAAAAUGGACUUAAAAUGGUGGAUCAAGCAAUAUGGUCUAAAAAGAUGUCAAAUGGUACAAGACGGAUUCCUGUGUCCCCUGAACAGGCACGCUCCUACAACAAGCAGAUGCGACCUGCAAUUUUAGAUCACUGUUCUGGAAAUAAGUGGACAAACACAUCUCACCACCCUGAGUUUUUGGUGGGAGAAGAGGCUUUGUAUGUUAAUCCGUUGGACUGUUACAAUAUUCACUGGCCUAUCAGAAGAGGUCAGUUAAAUAUUCACCCAGGACCUGGGGGCUCCCUUACGGCUGUCCUGGCAGAUAUUGAAGUAAUAUGGUCUCAUGCAAUACAAAAAUACUUGGAAAUUCCACUGAAAGAUUUAAAGUAUUAUAGGUGUAUAUUGCUAAUUCCUGAUAUCUAUAAUAAACAGCAUGUGAAGGAACUAGUGAAUAUGAUCCUAAUGAAGAUGGGUUUUUCAGGGAUUGUGGUCCAUCAGGAGUCUGUGUGUGCCACCUUUGGAAGUGGUUUAAGCAGCACAUGUAUUGUAGAUGUUGGCGACCAGAAGACAAGUGUGUGCUGUGUGGAGGAUGGGGUCUCUCAUCGGAAUACUCGGCUCUGUCUGGCUUAUGGGGGCUCUGACGUAUCCAGGUGUUUCUACUGGCUGAUGCAGCGAGCUGGGUUCCCUUACCGGGAAUGCCAGCUAACAAACAAAAUGGAUUGUCUUCUUCUACAGCACCUUAAGGAAACUUUCUGUCAUUUAGAUCAGGACAUCUCUGGCCUUCAGGAUCAUGAGUUUCAGAUUCGACAUCCAGACUCCCCUGCCCUGCUUUACCAGUUUCGAUUAGGAGAUGAAAAACUCCAGGCUCCAAUGGCUUUGUUUUACCCAGCAACUUUUGGAAUUGUUGGACAGAAGAUGACAACUUUGCAGCACAGAUCCCAGGGUGACCCUGAGGAUCCUCACGAUGAGCAUUACCUGCUAGCCACGCAGAGCAAGCAAGAACAGUCUGCAAAAGCUACUGCUGACCGAAAGUCUGCAUCCAAACCCAUUGGAUUUGAAGGGGAUCUUCGUGGCCAGUCCUCUGAUCUUCCAGAAAGACUCCAUGCCCAGGAGGUGGAUUUGGGAUCCUCCCAGGGAGACUGUCUGAUGGCUGGCAAUGAAUCUGAGGAGGCUCUCACGGCACUGAUGUCCAGGAAGACUGCCAUCUCGCUGUUUGAAGGGAAGGCCCUGGGCCUGGAUAAAGCCAUUCUUCACAGCAUAGACUGCUGCUCAUCUGAUGAUACCAAAAAGAAGAUGUACAGUUCCAUCCUGGUGGUGGGAGGUGGUCUGAUGUUUCAUAAAGCUCAAGAAUUUCUGCAGCACAGAAUUCUCAACAAAAUGCCACCCUCAUUCAGGCGAAUUAUCGAGAAUGUGGACGUGAUCACAAGGCCCAAGGACAUGGAUCCCCGGCUGAUUGCAUGGAAAGGAGGGGCCGUGCUGGCUUGUUUGGACACGACACAGGAACUGUGGAUCUACCAGAGAGAAUGGCAGCGCUUCGGUGUCCGCAUGUUACGAGAGCGAGCUGCUUUUGUGUGGUGAAGGUGGGCAGGAAGCUGGGGUUGGAGGCCAAAAAUAAGCGUCCUGGUAUAAAGACUCUUAAUAUAUGUAUUUCAGUUUAUUGACUCAGAUGCUUAAGUUUCAUGGAAAAUAAAUGAAUUUUAACUUUUAUGUCGACAGCAGGACUUUGGUGUGAAAUUAUAAGCUGCUUUUGUAGUCAGGACACUUAAGAGUAAAUGCAAACUCAGUCUUCAGUGUAAACUCUCCUGCCCCUUUCUCAGGGUCGCAGGAGCUCCCUGAUGAUGGGAAACGUUGCUGUGGGUGUGGCUCUUGUGUGUAUGCCUUGGUUUAAGUUGACCUCACAGUCCCAGGAUAAUCUCAUGCAGCCAUAGGGACGGGUGCAUGACUGGUGUACCUGAACCCUGAGACCUGCCUGGUCGUGCCAUUUCCCUCGUGUGUUAUGGCAGGCACACCUGCUGUGACUCCUGUGUGCUCCUGGAAUUCCAAGUAGGAAGGAAAAAAGGUUCUUUCUCCUCUUCUGUUGGAUUACAAAAGAUUGUGACCAGUUGAGGUCUGGAUAGAGGCAAAGAUUUAAAGCUGGGUGAGCGUGGGGAAAGAAAACAAUCACAUGACCAAAACAAAAACAGAAGGAAAAUUCGUUCUCUUCCUAAAACCAAACAGAAACAAGUCAGGUACAGAGUUGUUAACUUGUGUUGUAAUUAUUAACUUAAUCAUCGAGCCCCCAGAUUUCUUAUACCUGAGGAACCGAGAACGUUUUAGAGCUCUUGGUGCUCAGUAUGAUUAGUUGACCUUAAUCUGUGAGCAAUCUGAAGCAAAAUCUAAGUACAGCCAGCUAGUAGCACCAGUGAUCCAGGCCUUGGGGAAGCCUUCUGAGCCCCUGGCCCCAGGAAGAGAAGGCAUUGCCUGGAGACAGGAGCCGGUCAGUGAGCACAGUGCUGGAGGCCCAGAGACCUGGGAGCCUGGGAGAGUGCUGGAUCCCUACCACCCCCUGUUGGGCACCUGCUCAUCCAGAGCUGGAGAUGGAGCGGGGGCAGAGAGACAGAAGUAGGGAUGGAUAAGAGAUGGAGGAAAGAGUGGCAUACGGAACGAAUAAGGUUGGUUAGAAGUCUUAGGAUGUGGAGAAAUGCUGGUAUAAGAGCAUUUGCAUAAAGAGGAACAUCUUACUACCUGCCGAGUGGGACAGGAGCAGAGAAGAGUCCACUAGUAUAAGAAAACAACUUUGACGUGUUAGUACUACUGAAGAUAUGCGCCUUCAAUUUGAAAAUUGUGUGUUCUUUAUUUUUUAAAAUUUUUUAACAAAAUAAAUUUAUACAGUGUUGAUCUUA